AUGGCCGUGAAUGAUAGCACGUUCGAAUUAACUGUGCUUGGGUGUUCGGGUGGCCCUGUAGCAGGGAAAACUUGCGCUUUUCUAUUGAAGCCUUCCUACAUAUCAUUCCAGGAAGCUCUUGAGAAUGACGUAGAUUGCAUUCUGGCGCUUGACGCGGGCGCAGGUGUCGAGACCAUCGCCGAGAUGAUAUCGGAUUGCCGAAAAAACACGUCUUCGGUUUCAUCAUACUUUAGUCAAUUAUACAGCAACGCCGAGGAUCCGUGCUUCUAUAGCGACAACAAUGACUUGAUGAAGACUCAGCCUUUUGAAGAAGUCUCAAGGAAUCUUGUCGAUUCCAGUCUACAGCUUGCAAAGGGCAUACUGAACCGCAUGUCUGCCUAUAUUAUAACGCAUCCCCACCUUGAUCACGUCUUAGGACUCGUGAUAAAUUCACCCUGUUUCACGCGACAAACACCAAUCUAUGGGACUCAGCAAACAAUAGACAACUUGAAGGACCACAUUUUCAACGGUAAAGUUUGGCCAGCAUUGUCGUAUUUGACCUUCAACUAUUUACAGCCUUAUACUGAAAACUUUAAUAUCACAGAAUCUAUCGCGGUGGAAACGUUCCAAGUGAGCCAUGGGGUUACGUCACCCACAGAGUUAUAUAAGAGCUCGGCAUUUCUGUUCACGGAAACAACUGAUAAGGGUAAGCUGCUGUUUUUCGGUGACGUAGAGAGCGACUUAUCGUCAAACACCAAAUACAAUCAACACAUAUGGCUAACAGUUGCCGAUCACAUACUCUCAAAAAAACUCAAAGCCAUUGUAAUUGAAUGCUCGUCUGUGGACAAAAAACCAGGACAGCCUCUCUUUGGCCAUAUGACGCCCACCAACCUGAUCGGUGAACUGCUGAAUUUACAAAAUAUUUGUCUUGAGAAAAAAGCUACCAGACACCCAUUAGCCGGCCUCAAUGUGCUUAUAAUACACGUUAAGGAAGCAUUCGACUAUCGUGGCGACCCUCGAAAGCAGGUAUAUGAGAGUCUAAGAAGUUUGAAUCAGCAACAUGAUUUGCGGAUAAAAUUCACUAUUUGUAUGCCCGGGAUUAGUUAUUUCAUAUAA